AUGGCGGCCACGGAGACCCCCGGCCCAUCCGAGCAAUUCACCAAGAUCAAGGAGCCGGAGCCGGUUCCCGGGAGGGCCCCGGAGGAGGACGCGGAGGGGCCCGGGGCCUGCAGAGCGCAGGAAGCCCCGUCGCCCCCCACGCAGCCCCCCGAGCCCGAGGGCGAGCUGCAGCCGGUGCCCGCCCCCGGGGAGGACGGCGAGGAGCACGUCCUGACCCUGCAGACCGUGCAGCUCACGUCAGAGGACGGGGAGGUGCAGGAGCUGGGCUGGCUCCCCGAGCAGCCCCCGGACGGGGUGCAGGUGCUCGUGCCGCAGGGGGACGGGCUGCCUUCGCUGCUGUGGCUGCAGGAAGGGCCCCCGCAGAGCGUGCACCAGUGUGUGGCCAUCAGCAUCCAGGACCAGGUGUACUCGCUGCAGGAGCUGGAGGUGGUGCACUUCCAGGUGCUGGACGGCAGUGUCCCCGAGGGCAGCCAGGACUGCAAGGGAGAACUCACGGUAAAAGGCCUCGGGAGGGGGGCCCCGGGGAGCGGGACCGGGGCCUGGACCCUGGGUCUGGUCUGCACCCUUUUAGAGAAGGACCAAGAGGCCUCCACGCUGCUGUUGGACGGGGUGGUCCCUGAGCCCGGGCAGGAGUCACUCCUUGUGGUGGAGGCCAGGCCCGGGGAGGAGGGGACAGGCGAGAUUGUGCUCACCAUUUCCAAUGUGCACGUGGAAGAGCAGAAAGACGCCCCUUCCUCCAGCGUAGCUGUUGCUGCACAAGCCAAUCCUAGGAAAAACUGGAGAAAGAAGAAGGGAUCACAGAGAACCUUCCGCUGUGACACCUGCAUGUUCACCUCUUCAAGAAAAUCGAGUUUUAGCCGCCACGUGAGAGCUCACACCACCGAGAAGCCCCACCUGUGUCACCUGUGUCUGAAAGCUUUCCGCACGGUGACGCUGCUGCGAAACCACGUCAACACCCACACCGGAACCAGACCGUAUAAAUGUGGGGACUGCGACAUGGCCUUUGUCACCAGUGGGGAGCUCAUACGGCACCGGCGCUACAAACACACCCACGAGAAGCCCUUCAAGUGCUCCCUGUGCAAGUACGCCAGCGUGGAGGCCAGUAAGCUGAAGCGCCACGUCCGCUCGCACACCGGGGAGCGACCCUUCAAGUGCUGCCUGUGCAACUACGCCAGCAGGGACACCUACAAGCUGAAGCGUCACAUGAGGACACACUCUGGUGAGAAGCCCUACGAGUGCCACGUGUGCCACGCCCGCUUCACCCAGAGCGGCACCAUGAAGAUACACGUCCUGCAGAAGCACAGCGAGAACGUCCCCAAGUACAAGUGUCCCCACUGCGCCACCGUCAUUGCGAGGAAGAGUGACCUGAGCGUCCACCUGCGUAACAUGCACGCGUACAAAGCCGCGGAGAUGCGCUGCCGCUACUGCCCGUCCAUCUUCCACGAGCGCUACGCUCUCCUCCAGCACCAGAAGACGCACAAGGACGAGAAGAGGUUCCGCUGUGAGCAGUGCAGCUACGCCUGCAAGCAGGAGCGUCACAUGACGAUUCACACGCGCACCCACACGGGCGAGAAGCCCUUUACCUGCCUCUCCUGUAACCAGCGCUUCCGGCAGAAGCAGCUUCUCAACAUCCACUUCAAGAAACACCACGAUGCCAGCUUCGUCCCGGCGGUCCACAAGUGCCCCGCGUGCGGCAAGGGCUUCUCACGCUGGAGUAACAUGCACAAACACACCAAGAAAUGCCACUCAAAGCCUGAAAAGCCGGCUGCCUCUGGACAAGGACAGGCGAAGAGGAAGGAGCCGGACCCCAGUGAGGCCAGGACGGAAGACGGAGUGUGUGCGGAGCAGGAGGCGGCCAAGGAGGUGCCCAUGGUCAAGGGCCAGCAGUCACCAGCGGAGACCACCCCCGCUGACCCCGAGGGAGGCGGAGACUCCAAGGCGGACGUGACCUCCUUGAUCAAGGAGCGGCAGAUCUUCAAGCAAGAUCUGAGUCUCGGCGUACCUGGUGCACCAUUUCGGAGGGCCUGCGUGCCUACCCCCACCCCCAGCUUCAUGGAGCAGGAAAUCAAGGGAAGGGUGCCCGGGCUCCCAGCCAAGGGACAACGCCAUCCGUGGGAGGGCCAGAGGACUGACUGUCAGAGGCGGGGGCCAGCCUGGGGCUUCCUGGGGCUGCACUCGGCGCGCUGGCCGGGCUUGUGUGUCCUGUUGGCACAGGGCCCACAUAAGGGGGAUUUAGGGGUGCAGGUCACAACAGAGACAGGGGCCGUGCACAACUGUCUGGGAACGGACAACGAGGAAAGCAAACAGCAGCUUCACGCAGCCGCCAUGGCCUCCCGCCAGCACCAGGGCACCGGCGCCAGCUCCUGGGCAGAGACAGCUGAACAAAGAGGGGCAGGGCCUCUCAGCUGGGAACCCGCCUCUGGACACAGAGCCCGGGAACAGGCCCGGGAACCUCGGCGGCGGGAGGACUCCCAUCCCAGCCCGGUGCUGACCAAUGGCCCAGGUCUAGCAAAGCCGGGAGGCCGCUCGGUGACAGCGGUCACAGCCCCGGCCCUGGCAGCAGGAGGGGAGCGGGAAACAGGCUCAUCACCUGAGUGGGACCCAGGCACCCGGCCCGGGUCACCAAGCGUGUGCUCCCCCCUGGCCACUGAGACCUAUCGUGGCGUGAGCCCCCAAACGCCCCUACCUGAGCCGCUUAGAACUCUUGACCUGCCCCGCAAGGCAGAUGCCAACUCAGCUCCUCCAACAGCCUGGGCGGCGUAG